AACUUAACCACUCGGCCACAGGGCCAGCCCCUGCUUCAGAAACUUUUAUUGCACAAAUGGCCACAUUCUGAACUAUGCUAUCUUACUUUUAAAUCCAUAAAUACAUAAAUAUCCUAAUAGUGGAUUAUGUGCCCUAUACCAGGCUGGGUGCUGGGUACUCCUCCACUUCAUCUCUCCAGCACAUCUGAGAACUGCUCAGAAACCAACCUUGGAAUUGAUGGUUCCAUGCAUAGAUAUGUCAGUUUCUGUGUUAAACGAGUCUUGGAAAUUGUUUACAAUUUCAUCUUCAGGUUGUACUCUGUCUGGCACUGAGAAUUUAGCUUCUAGCUUUUUGAAAGAAUAAGUUAUAAGCCAAUUUGGCAGUCAAGAAGAGGCCAACAUUACGGUUAGGAUUUUCAGUAGUUUCCCAGAAAACAGGAUUGAUGUUUCCAUUAUGACACAAUGCCAUAAAUACAGCUAUUUACUUCUGCCUGCUAUGUUCUCUUUCCCUUAUUCUUUGUCUAUCUCUGAAAAUUUUCUGGGGCUAGACAUCCAGUGGUGAUGUGAGGGCCUGUAAUUUUGAGAAUGACACAGGGGCUCCCUCUCAGGGUAUAAACACUUCAUUCACUUGUGUGUCAACAGACCAGCCUGGUAUAAUUGCAGAGACAGCAAUUUGUUCCUUUCCCUUUUCCUGUGAGUGAAAACACUGGGCAUGCUUAGAAACCUACCCCAGGGAAUGCUUUACGCAGGCAAUUCCGGAAGAAGGGAACUGUGAUGCCUAGUUUCAGAAAAAUAGAAUGGACAGCAGCAGCCUACGCAGUAGCCUUCUGUUUCAUAUUAUAAGGUAAACAGGAGUCGCAUCUAUGGAAAGGAUUCACAUCAUAUGAACUUGAUGAAUUUUAAACUUUCUCCAUGAAUGCUAUUUUGAUCAUUCUACUUCUUUUCUCACAGGAUUCAAAUACUUAAAAUAAAUAGGGUUGUGUGUUUGCCCUGAUAGCGAGAAAUUAAAGGAGACUCCAUGAAAGGUAGCAUUUUUAUCUCUAAUCAGUUUUUUGGGGGAAGAGGGGAGAAGCCCCAAGGAAUAGACUGCUGAUGACAGAACCACUCAAAAACCUUACUAACAUAAAGCACAGUCAAAAUCAUGGUGUGCACAUCCUACUAGCACUCAUACUAAUAAUAAACCAGAAGGGCCCUGGGGCUGCAAAAUUUAGGGUCAUGGAUGGUUACCCCCCACACUGUUUGUAAAUGUCUUCAUUGACUUUUCUUUCUAUAAUCUGUUCCCAGCACAGGGGCAAUCUAAAAUAUACUCUGUAGUUGCCUUGAUUUUUCCCUUUGAUAAAUUCAUGCUUUCAGAUUUUUAACCUCUUUAUAACUAGACUUUAGUUUCUAUUUUAUCUGCUGUGAACAUGUAGCCUUUUUACAACUAGAAUAAAAAUUUUAGCCUGCCUUGUAACUUUUCAUCUAUUUUCUCCUUAAACUUAGAUGAAGUAAUGGUGGUAUUUCUUUCAUUAGGGCCAGUGACCUCCAAAUCAAAAGGGUUUGCACAGGGUUGCAGAUCAUAAGAUGGUGGGGAGGAAAGAUGUAGGAAUGAACCAAUUGGACUCAAAUAGCAGUGUGUUUUUAGGAUGGGAAUGUUGUCCAGUUUUCUCUUUAAAGAAAAAAUAAAGAUUGCUUUUCCUUCUCUUCAUCUUCCUCAUUCUUUAUAGAAACAGAAUCCCUGGAAUUAAUAAUCACAGCAAAGUAAAAAGGAACAUUAUUGAUUAAUUUAGUCCAUAAGUAUUUAUUGAACCCUUCCUACAUGCCAGGCACUGUGCUAUAAGAUGUCUCAGAAAAAUCUUCCUUUUGGUAACAGGACUAUAUAUAGCUGGCUUAGGAUAUACACUGCCCAUGAGGGUAGCGUUUUAAAUGUGCUGAUUUUGAAAUGGGGGAAAGGAUUAGAGAGAGGGGGAAUUAGUUAGACUUUUACACUAAUCUACCAGGACAAUAUAAUCAAAAAUAUGUUGAAUAGUAUAAUACAAAUUUGUAUUUGGAAAAAUGCCAAUCCUUUUUUAAAUGCAAAUUUUAGAGAGUAAAACUGUAGAGUUUUCACUGGGGUAACAUGAAUGCCAAAGAUUAAGGAACUUUGUGUUAAUAGUAUACAUUGCACAUGCCCCUUGUCGAUUUUUUUUUUUAAGUAAAUAUGCCUUAAAGAGAGUAAAACCAAAGCCACCUUGAAAUCCAUGAGUGUGGUCAGGAGAGCACUGGCCAAACUCCAACUUCUUUUUCCAUCUCUCGUCCCACACCAGCCAAAAUGUGCCAGGCCCAACUCAGCACCACUGCAGAUUCUCCUUCUUCCCUCUCCUGCAUUCACCAUAGCCUUUGUCACUUUCUCUUUUCCAAAGACCCCUGAUCCUCUACACUCUUCCUGGUUGGUGGAGGCAUGACUGAUACUUUCCAUCAUUCAUGCUUUGGCUAGGGAUUCAGAGGCCCUUUGCAAAGCAGAUAAGUGCCAAGCAUCAGCGUUUCAUUUUCACAUGUGGCAUCUGUUCUGUCACCAAGAGACAUUACUAUCACCAUCAUACAAUUAAGCAAGCUAUAGCUGAGAGGCGAGGAAAGAUGACCCACUGCAGGUCACACAUCAGUCAACAGGUGUUGUAAUGAGUGUCCUUUUUGUUCCAAAGGACAAAAAAUAUACAAGCUGAAGUCAAAACAAGGGUUGCUAGAAGAAUAUGAGGAAUGUCACAGAGUGCUUUGCAAGAAAUCUAACAAGGCCUCAUUCUAGUAAGACAAUCUUUUAGUUGCUUCUCUCCCCUCUUCUUCUCUUCCUGUCUCCUGCUCAGCCCUUACCCUCUAUCUUACUCUCUCUCAAAAGUUAUCUCAUAUCUUUGCUUUGCUCUGCUAACUUGCUAUAUUCAUUUCUCUGUAUGCUGGUUUUCCUUGCAACAAUUUUAGUUUCUGUACCUUUCAAUUUCAGGUUGCCCUUAGCUUCAUCAUAGCAUCAAUUCUGGCCCUAAAUCUAGCACUCUAAGGCCUAACAUUCUAAAUUUAUAUUUUAGAGAUAAAAUCUGAUCAUCUCAGCUGAAUCUCAUCCCUGAGCCAAGAACCUGUGGUCAUUGGGUAGUUUGGUGUCACAGAAGAGAAGCCUGUCCAGCUGGGCCCAUCAUGGCCACCUGGACUGCUGGCAAAAUACCAUUUUGAAGAAGGAAAUGUGGAGGGAAAGCUGUCAUAAGGACAGCAGCAGAAUCAGGUCACCUCUUCUGAUUUCAGUCCUGUGCUCUUUGCAUGACAUCAGCCUGAGGGACUAUGUUGAGUUGUCUUCGGAUUCCCAUAACACUCUACAAAACCCCCAGAAAUUGCAGAUGCUGACACAGAGUUGGUUGAUAUGAUGAACUUGAAGUGAAUUGAGCUAUUAUUGGCAGGUCAUAGACACAACUUAUUCUUUCCAACUGAAAGUCAACUUUUAGUUAAAUGUCAUCCAAGACCUGCUUGAGCCAAGCCCAUAGACAGGGUCAGGAGGGAGAAGGGAUAGAGAGAAGGAGGGUUUUUAAGAUACACAAUCAGGUUUCAUGAGCAGCAUCCUGAGCUUAGAAUGAAAGAAAAGAAUAGAGAAAUGGAAAACCAUUGUGCCACAUAGUCAUUUGUCAUUCUUGUGCAGCUGCCAGAGAAAUCAGUAAAACAAAAACUAAGGCAGAAGCUACACAGGAGAGUAGAGAGUUCAAAUAAUUCAAGUACACAGGUGAGACUCUUCCUGUGUCUUUUCUCUAGGAUCAAAUGGAUCAAGACAGGGCACAGAGAACUGGAGGCCCCUUCUACUCCUAAAGCCCCAGAGACAUGGGACCAGUGAGUUGAGGUUGGGUAAGAAUCUUCAGAACUCGUCAACUUUAGAUAUUGAUGUACUGUUUCAUCCAUUUUCCACCUGCAUCUCCUAUAUAUUCUUCCCUUAAAUCCUCUUUUGCAGUGUUUCCUUAUUACAAUUCAGAGACUAGAAAAAUAAACUUUUAGAGAUUUUAUUUUUCUCUUUUUUCCCUCGCAGCCUAGGUCUUCCUCCUUCCCCCUUUCUCCUCCUCCACACCCUAGGGAGUCCCCAAGGAAAUUUAGCUAGUUCGCCAGUCUGGGCUGCACUGUAAUUUGGGUUGGCAAACACUGCAGAGCUGCAAGCACCAUUUACUUUUUUUCCCCCUCUUUGCACCAUUCCCUCUUCUAUUUACUUAUCACCUCGAAUGUUUACAGUCCAGUAAGAGGUCAUAUAAAUUUAUUAAACCUCUCUCUUUUUUUUUCUUUUCCUUUUAAAAAGAUGUUAUUUUAAGUUUUCCUUUCAAUUUCCUCCGAUUUUCAGAAUAGUUCCUCAGGGCUCUCAUUAUUUGGAUCUCCCACUGACUUAAUCUUCUCUAGAGCAGAGCGCUUGGAAUUUCUUUGGCUUCAGCUGGCAUGUUAAUCACUUGCCUAGCCUCUAAAGAGGGAGAGCCUCUUUCAAUGGAGCUGCUGCCUGAGUUGCUGUCACCGCAGCAAAGAAAACACAUCUGGACUCCUCUGUUGAAAGCAAUCUGCCCCCUGCCAGCUGCUCAGCUUUGUGGUCACAGCAGAGCAAGCCCCGUGGGAGGUGGGGGAUAUAAGCAACGAGAAGAACAGCUGCCAUGUAGACUCCAUCCAAGGUGGAGAAGCCUCUUCAAUAGCUUCUAACUCCAGGCGGUGCCCAGGAAGAGACAUGGCAGAGCCCACACCAGCCCCCAAUGCCUUGGCCUCCUCUGGCCAAUUCUAAUCACGUGGCUUCUGUGAAUCAGCUGGGAAGCCUAUGGGAUAUUAAUUUGGGGCCCUUCAUACUAACUAGAAUUUUCCUUAUUGAUGGUAGAACACAGGCUUUUCCAUUAUUUAGGGGUGAGUUUACUUUAGGCAAAAUCUUCCCAGAAUAUAGAAGAAAUUCCUUCUGGAAGUUCCAAACUACUUUGAGUAUGACCCUUGUAUAAGCUUUGCUAAUUUCAACUUUGAAGACAGGGUUCCUAUUGGUGCAUGAUAAAUUGCCCACAGUUUCUAGAACAAUGUCUUGCAUAUAUUACACGUUUGAUUUGUAAUUAUUAAAUACAUUAAAAGAGACCCAUCUGUAGAGUGACCUAGUGGAUUUUUAUGGAUAAACAUCACCUGUUUGCUCAUACAGAGCUCCAUUAUGCUGUAUCUAUUCAAGAAACUAGGUACUAUAUUCAUGUUGAAUCUAAGCAUGACGUCAUCAUUCAAAUCCUUUGAUCUGAACACUCUUCUCAGCCCACUCUUCCCUAAUCAUGAUUCCACCAUGAAGAACACUCCUAGCUCGUUCUCCUUUUUCUUUUCUUGCUUUGCCCCUCAUUCUUGCUGCUCGAUAUGAUUUCCCCAGUGAUGACCUGGGUUUUUCUCACCAUGGCUUUUCUACUUGCCAUGAUACUGGUUGCCUCAAUGGAACUGAAUGCACUAUAGUUUUCUCUCAAUAUCAUGUGGUUGAUAUUUUGGGUCUUCUGCAAGGCUAGCCACACCUCUGACAAGAACCCCUGGACAUUACCUGUGGUACUUAAUAUCAUCAGCUCUACAGACGCAGAUGAUUCGCUUCGAUGAGGAAUGAGUAUUGAACCUGGACCCUGCCAAAAGGGAAAGUUUCUCACACCGAAGACCUAUGCAUUUGAUGUCAGAUUACAAAAUCUCAGUGUGUUUGAUGGCUAUUUCUGUUUAGAUAUUUUCCUAGUUUUCUGUUUUUUCAAAUCUACAAUAAUUUUGGUGGAAAAUUAAGUGAAUAAAGUAUUUAUUGAACAAAAAUACCCCUAAAGCGACCUCUCACUCCCAAGUUUUAAUGGCUCCUCCUGUAUGAAUAAACCUCACAUCUGUACCUUCAGCUUUGAUUCUCUCUUUCUUGGACUGCAAGAUCCUCUAUUAGAGUUUACCGGAUUUAAUUGAUCUUGUUUUUUUCUAGGACCAAUGUAAUGCUUAUACAGCUAAGGAAGAUUAAAUAAAUUAACUCUUUUCCUGCUCAUUAUGUUCCCCUAAAUGUCCUGCUACCAUCCAAAACACACUUUUAAUUAUUCAAAAAAUGUUUACUGAGCAAAUAUAAAGCAUGAGGCAAUUUUCAAGCCACCAGUGAUGAAUAACACAGACAUAAUUCUCACCCUCACUGAGUUUACAUUUUAAUAAAACCUUCAGCAAAAUUCAUUAUUAUUCCUCCAAAUUCAAAUCAUUUAGCCAAUGUCCUGGCUUCCCUAUAUCUAUUAAUCUUCUAAUUCUUCAGCAUUAUGGUAUUGUACAUAGUAUAAACUUCAUAAGGUUUUGUUUAAUCACAUCCAUGAAUUUUUACUUUUCCAUACCCAGUUUCAUGUAUGAUCAUCCACUUCUUCCUGGUGAGCAUUCCUUUAUAAUAUUUCUUAGAUUGGUCCCUUAUUUGCUAUCUUAAGUGAGUUCCUGAUUGCCUCAUUUCCUCCCUCUCAAAUGUCUUCUAGUUGAUUUUACUUUUCCUUGUCUGUCCCUAUUUUCAGCCAGUCUGCUCAAUACUACCACUUCUGUCUCAAUCAAAGCUGUUUUGGUUCUAAAUAACAAAAUCCUAUUUCAAGUAAAAUAGACAAACAGGAGGGAAACACAAAUGUGACAUAAUGAUGCAAAGGUAUAACAAAGUUACCAAAGGUAGAAAUUAUAAGAAGGACUUCAGAGACUGAUGAUAUGGCAGAAACUGCAUUUAUUCUCUCAUUCUCUCCAGAAAACUAUUAUUUCUCAUCUCUGUUUCCUCUCUGUGUCUGUUUCACCUUCUC